AUGGCGAAGACGUACAUUUUCUCGGGAUGGACGACUCUGUGCCUGAUCAAGCUGAGAGAGAGAGAGAGAAUGGUGAACCCUGUCAAGAUUUACAAGCCCUUGUUGCGAGCGACCAUGAGGCUCGCCGGAUUGAGACCUGAAAAGAUCGAGGUCGAAUCAGGGACUGUCAUGAACAUCUGGGCUCCGACCCGAUCCAAGAAGAAUGCCAACAACGGUAAAAAACCUGCCGUCGUCUUCCCCCACGGCUUCGUUGGCGACGGCAUCCUGACGUGGCAGCUCCAAGUCCUCGCCCUUGCGAGGGACUAUGCAGUCUACGCGCCGGACCUCCUCUUCUUCGGUGGUUCCUCCACCGGCAACGGCCGCCGGACUGUGGGAUUCCAGGCGGAGUGCCUGGCAAGGGGCUGGCAAAGCUGGGAGUGCAGCAGUGCACAGUGGUCGGGUUCAGCUACGGCGCGGUGGUGGCGUUCAGAUACUGGAGCAGACAUUGCCAUUCGGGCCGAGGGACUCAAGGUUAGGGACAUUGCUAGAGAUGGGGUUGACCUUUAUGCUGAGCAUCCGAAGCUAGUCAAGCCAGUUCAAGGUCUUCCUUGUUCGAAGUAG